UGAUUUGUCAGUUUUGCGCUGUUGCUUUUACGACGUUUAAGAUUUUAUCAGUGAGAGGUUAUGUUCGAUAUAAGCGUAUUUGAAUCUAGACCUUCAUAAAAAAGAAAAACUUACAGUGUAAGAAAGUGUUCGACAAAAAGAUAAAAGUUCGAAAUUUUCAUUACAUAUUUAUCUGGGAAGAGGUUAUAAUACGCGCAAGAAUGUGCGUAGUACGAUAAGUACACGUUUUUUUUAUAUUUCAGUGUUCCGAUAUUACUUCAAUUGAAUAUAUUUAUUCUAUACGAUGGAAAACAGCUUUCGUAUAAUUUAUGCUCUUUGCAUUAUUUUUAUUCGAUUUCCUUUAUAUUAUUUUUUCCCAGUAGAAAAUACUUUUGUUAUAUACAAUAAUGCAAAUUUCUGUGAUAAUCCUAUCAAAGAUUUCUUAUAUGAGUCGAAAUAUACGAAGAAUUGUACGACAUUAAAGUAUCCGAAGGAAAUAGAUCAAUUAAAAGUUACAGAAACGGAUAUAGAAAUGUUUGUAUGUUUGAGAACAUAUGAUACUAUAUAUAAAACCUGUAAAUAUGCAGAAAAGAAUCAAUGGGUCAAUACGAUCCAUGAUAAGAAAAAUUUAGAUUUGGUGAUUCAAAAUUUAACCAAGUCAAGUUUCAACGAUGUGGAUAUGAAUAAUCUUUGUAUAAGUUUAUCAGAAUUUACACCUAUGAAUAAAACAUUAAAGCUUGCGUUAACAACAUUGAAAAAAUCAUUGAACGAUACUUUUGUAUGUAAAAAAGUAUGUUUUGAUUUGAAUAAGAAAAUGAUACCAUUAUGUGCAGUAGUGGAAUGGAUUAAUGAAAUAGAUCGAGAUAUUUUAAAACACGUAGAAAUGGAUCGUAAUAACUUGAAAAUUGAUGCAGUCAAUGAUAAUAGUAAAAGCCCAAAAAAAACUCAAGAAAAUCCAGUAAAUUAUAGAAACCAAUCAAGUGUACAUCACAAUGAAUUGAGUAACGAUGAGAAAAAUGAUAAAUCUUUGGAAAAAGAAACAGAAAAGAAAAAAAAUCAGAGCAUUGAUAGCUCUAUUAUUUCGAAUAUCCUUAUGAAUAAUGCACAUGAUAAUGAUACAAAUAAUAAUAGGAAUGCUAAAUAUCUUUUGCUGAAUAAAAAUGGGAAUAAUCAAAUAAAUGAACAACAAAAUGAAGUAGUAAAAUCUACCUCAGAUGUUGAUAAGGUAACUUCACAACCAAUAUCUGAUUCUACAAAUGUUUAUAGAGAGUUACAAGAUAAGCUACACUCUAAAUUAGACAAUGUUGAUGAUAAGAAACAAGAAAUUACUAUUAGUAAUAGCCAAGAAUCACCUCCAAUUCCUGAAACAGAUGAUUCAAAAAAUAAAAAGGAAGAAAAGAUAGAUUCAGAGAUAAAACCAGCAAAUAAUAAAAUAGUAACUUCACUAUUACAAAAUAAACAAACAGAAACGAAAUCUACUGUACAAUCCAAUAAUACACCAAGCAUUGAAAAUAUUGUAACUAAUUCUAAUGUAGAAAGUUCUACUCAUAUCAGUGAUGAGCAGCAAUCCAAUCUACCGGACAACACAGGCCAACCUAUUAGUGAAGAUAAUCUAGAAGAUAAUUUUGGAAUAUCUGUAAAGUCUGAUAUAUCCGUACAAAAAGGAAAUUACCAUAAUAUUAAGGAUGAUGAUGAAUCCCAUUUUUUUACUUAUUUUGCCAUUAUAUCAUUUGCUUUUAUUGCCGGUUACAUUGCAUAUCAUAAUAAGCAAAAGAUAUUGGCGAUAGUAUUAGAAGGACGUAGGUCAAAAAAUAAUCGCGGUAGACGACGUCCUAGUACCGCAAAUUAUCGUAAACUUGAUUGCACAUUAGAAGAAGCGGUUACCUCACAAUGUAAUGCAAAUGUUACUCAUGUUAUAUAUUAAUACAAAUUGUAUGUGAAAUGAUUGAUCACGUUGCAUAUUAAGGCACCAUUUCCAGUGUAAUAGAUUUUGUACUCAAGUAUCUUUUCUUAAAAUCAUUUUUCUGUUUCACAAUGAAACAGAUAAUUAUGGUUGGGGAUCACAAUUUUGCGUUAACAAUGGGACAUAAAAAUAUUUAAAAUAUAACAUAAAAUUUUGUGACCAUAUGUACAUUGUGUCUCAUAAAAACUAAUAUAGCAGAAUGUUCCUAUUUACUAUUAUUGCAAUGCGAAAGUAUUUUAGCAAACCAAAUAUUUCUAUUUGAAAAGAUCUUUUUGUAUAAAAUUUAUUCUUAUUUGAUCUCGCACAUCAAAAUUGCUAUGAUACGAAAUUUUCUACACAAUCUCAAUAUUUGAUGUUGUAGAUAAACUUUUUCUUUGAUAUGAUAGUAUGUAAUGUUUUAUUUGACAUAUUAAUAAUAUCUUCUUGGUAUUGCGGACUAUAAUAACAAACAUAGUCCAGUUCUACUUUAAUAAGUGCAAUUCUAUAUCUUUGUGUCCGCAAAUUUUUAAGAUUAAAAGUAUAGCGUUCCGCUAGAAGUAUAUUUUAUUUUCUGUAUAUAAUAACUAAUUAUAAUAACAGAGAAUGUCUUAACGUUAUCCGCCGUGAUGUUUAUAAUAUAUUGAUAUAUUAAAAAGGACAAAUUGCAAACAUUCAAUUAUUAAUAUCAUGGAAUAUAUUAAAUAGUAUUGUAGAAGUAUUUGUCUAGACAAACAUUGGUUUAAAUAGCUUAUAUAAUACAAAUGUAUUGGCGCAUAUUAUUGUUCAAGCAAAAUGUAUUCACAUAAUAUUAAUAUUAUUUCCCCAUUUAAUAUUAACUAUUUUAAUAGAAAAUUUUUAUGUUUAUAUGUGUCUAUACGCGAUAGCAGUAAAACUAUUUAAUUCAUAGCGCUUUUUAAUACAAUGUAAAUGAUUAAUUUUUUUUCAAAAAAAAAAAAAAAAGAAAAGAAUGCCGUCCACUUACACACAGUUACGACAUAUGAACUUAAUAUCAUAAUCGCAGAACACCUGUGUGAUAAGUGUCUCAUGACAGUUUGACCAUUCAUAUUAUAUGCACAAAUUGUUACGUGGAUACUUAUGAUAAUGUAUUUUAAUCAUAGUUGCGGUUUUUAUGAAAUGUUCCCAAAAUAAACUUAAUACCUAAUCCACAUAGUAUAAAUGCAUCUA